AUAAGUACAUUCACCCUCGUCUUGUAUAUUUUGAGAAAAGGUUUAUUUCAAUAUAGUUGUUAACAUCAUGUUGAUGUGGAAAACAUCGAGGUAAAUAUGUCAUGGUUUGGAUUAUAGUGAUACUUGUUUUGAGUAAACAGUCAAAGUGUGACAUUGAUGGUCUUGAGCCAGGUCAGUGCCUCUCCAAAUUCGACUACGAUUAUAAGGUGAUGAGGCAACUGUUGAAAUUUGAGAGAGAAAUUCAAGAACUCAAGCAGAGGAAUUCAUGUAAAGAUAACCAACCGGUGGCUUUUAUGGCAGAGUUGCCAGCAAACCUGGUCAGUCCACCUAUUGGAACUACAGUUGUAUUUAGUACAGUUCAUACUAAUGUCGGACAUGGUUACAAACCUGGGCCAGGGAUAUUUGUUGCUCCAGUGGAUGGCACAUACAGCAUCAGCCUCGUUGCUUCUUCAAGUCCUAAGGCUACAUCUGCAAAUCUGCAUCUCUACAUCAUGUACAACACGUCACACGUUGGCUACAUCUUCUUGGAUCACAACUCUGAUAGAUGGCUACUAAGAUCUACAACUAUUGUAUUAGAACUGAAAGCAGAGGAUACGAUUUAUGUUAAAAUAGGACAUCAAACUGGAACAGUAACGCUUGCUGGUUGUUGUUUUCAUACUCAUUUCAGCGGUUUUCUGAUUCAUUAAAACAAUUAACAGGACAUGACCUGAGUCAUUUCAUCUGCCUGCGAACUCACUUUAGUUGUGUUCUGGUUCAAUAAAAAGGUAAACAGAAUAUGACUUGAAUCAUAUGAUCUUCUAACUCACUUGAGUGAUUUUCGGAUUCAUUAAAACAAUUACAGUUAACAGAACAUGACAUGAGUCAUACAACGUACUUAAUAUAGCUUAUUGUAAGUACACUUAAAAUAGCUUAUUGUAAGUACAAAAUAAAACAAACCUAAAGCUGUGGAAUUAGCAGUAGGUUAAUGUUAAUUUUUAAAAGAAAUCAUGCUAAAUUCCAACUGCUCUGAUUAAGUACAUCGUCGCCUUUUCUGUUGCGCAAAGUGUUAGUUUGAAAAUAUUUAGAUGUAGAUAUAUACCAUUGAAUUCGACAGAGUUCACAGUUGGUGCACUUGAAAUAAAAUUGCAAGCCAAGUUAAAGAAUUUUUUUCGGCCACAUCAUUCUUGCACUGUUUCCAAAUGUUGAAGAAUAUAAUCAGAUGUUUCAGUAUUAUACUGCAGUACAAUGUAUUUGCAUGAGUUAUUUGGGAAAAAUAGAAUAUUUUAUUCAUACAUUUAAACUCCUUUUUGUUUCAUUACAUAUUGCGUUUAACUUCUUUCCGGUUUAAACAUUAUAGUAAGUUAUGUCCAAACACAUUUUAUUGAACAAGCGCUAAAAUAGUGAGAAAAAAAACUCUGAUUGUCCAACCUUUGAUCAAUCUCGAAAAUAAAACAUUGAAUUGGCGAAAAAUAUACCAACCAACCUUUACAGUCUUUAAAUACAAAAAAGGUAUCGUGAGCACCUUAAUCUUGUUUCUUUUUUUCCACUUUUCAAAACGCCUAUGACAAGAAGAAUUUAUGAUGAAACUUUGAGCCUGGAAAAGGAAAUAGGUCA